GUCAACUAGAACCACGUAGAAGAGCUUUAGCACCAUCUUGAACGCAUGUAUAUCAAGAUACACGGAGUAGGCCUUCAGAGCAUUUACAAAGAAAGGAUCUCAAACUGUAAAGAAUUAAGGAACACAAAAUUUAAGAGCUGACCAGGGAAGACACUUAGAUUUUUGUUACCAUCAUCUUGACUUCUGCAAAAUCUUUGAGAAGAUUUCUACUCAGACCACUCAGAAGGACUCCUUCAGAUUAUCCUGCUAUGCACUGAAAAUUUUCACAACAUAAGUCUGCAGAGCAGCCCAGCUAGUGAACCAUGCGACAUCAAGUUAUGACCCAUGUGGAGGAUGACGAGCAAGACUUCAGCAGCCACAGUGAAGAUGACAGCCCCAGUUACACUUGGUCCUGGUUACAGACCAUGAACUAUGUGGGUCAGCUGGCAGGUCAGGUGUUUGUGCAGGUCAAGGAGCUGUACAGGGGGCUCAACCCUGCCACCCUGUCUGGAUGUAUAGAUGUCAUCGUGGUGAGACAGCCCGAUGGCUCCCUGCAGUGCUCCCCCUUUCACGUCCGCUUUGGCAAGAUGGGUGUGCUGCGGUCUCGAGAGAAAGUGGUGGACAUUGAGAUUAAUGGAGAGCCGGUGAGCUUGCACAUGAAGCUUGGGGAGAAUGGUGAGGCCUUCUUCGUCAAAGAGGCCGAGAACACUCUGGAAGUAGUUCCGUCCUACCUCGCCACCUCACCCAUCAUGUCCAUGGGGGAGCAGUUAAUGGAGUCCCAGCUGGGCCGGGGCACUGCUCGUCACCAUGACACGAUCCCCUGCGGCUCACUCCCUGUCCAAAACCUGGGGCUGCAGCAAAGUGACAGCGGGAUUUCCAAGAAGAGGAGGAAGAGGAGGAGGAAGGCUCGGCCAGAGUCGGGUGGAGGGGGAGGAGGGAGGAGAGAGGAGAGUGGGGAAGAGUUCUCCGAUGAAGAGGACAUGUUCACUAUUGAUCUGAGCUCAGAUGAUGAGAAAGAGGGGGACUGCAGCAGAUCCGGGUUUGGGGAUCAGGGCUCUACAGCCAACAUUCACACACGCCCCAGCACUGACUGGUCCCAUUUAAAAAGUAAAGGGGAUCAGGAGACUCUCUCCAUCCCUUCACCGUGUGGUCUGUCCAUCUCUUGUCCUCAGCAGACCUCUCACUUCUCUUCCCCUGUUAGCAGUCCCGAUGAGUCACGGUCAUCAACACCGAAGAGUGACUCUGAGUUAAACAAUCAGAACAAAGAUAACCCUGAGAUGCUGUGGAGCUGGGGAGAACUGCCACAAGCUGCUCAGCCAUCCUUCCUUGCUUCCCAUCAAAAGCAGGACCAAGCAACAGUGGUCUCCAUCCCAGUGUCUUCCAGCACUCACUUCAGAGCCAUUAACGACACUGGACCUUCUUCCCUUACUCUCUAUGCUCCUCAGUCAGGAGAGAUGGCUGCUCACAGUGGGGACAAGGACAACAAGACUGGGGACAAGGUUGGAGGAGAGCAAGGAAGAACAGUGGAAAGCAUUGGGGCAUCGUGUACAGACAUGGAGGGUUUAACAGCCAGCUCAGCUCCCAGAAUGCUCCUGGACCAUCUUGAUGAGGGGAGGAACAGAGGAAGCCCUGUCAGAAGAACAGACUCACCAUCCAAGAAGAAAGAAAAGAGAAGCCAACACCUGGGUGCUGAUGGCAUUUACCUGGAUGAUAUUACAGAGCUUGAGCCUGAAGUUGCUGCUCUCUACUUCCCUAAAAGUGAUGGAGGCAGCAGUUCUAUGAAAAUAGACUCAGAGAUGAUGAUGAUGGGAGUGCGGAGCAAUAACCAGUCCCCACAGUCAGUGGGCAGCAGCGGGAUAGACAGUGGUGUCGACAGUUUAUCAGAUCAGAUGGGAGACCUGCCUCAUGUUGCCAUCUCUUUGUGUGGAGGACUCACUGACAACAGAGAGAUUACAAGAGAGCAGUUCCAGGAAAGGGCAGUGUCAUACCAGCAGUUUUCUGAAAACCCUUCAAUCAUCGAUGACCCUAAUCUGGUGGUCAAGAUUGGAAACAAGUACUACAACUGGAACACAGCAGCUCCGGUCAUGUUGGCAAUGCAGGUCUAUCAGAAACCACUGCCGCAGGCAUCAGUGGAGAACAUCAUGAAAGAAAAGAUGCCAAAGAAAGGAGGACGCUGGUGGUUCUCAUGGAGAAGCAGGAACAGUGACUCCAAAUCAGAUUCAGUGGAGGCAGGAGGAGACAGAGGAGAGAGCUCAGUCACCAUGUCCUCAGUGAACAGAGUGAAGGAUGAGUCAUCCUCCAGUGACGAGGAUCAUAGAUCUUCCAAUCAGGAGUCCCACCUGUCAGAUCCCCUCAUGACUUCAAACAGUGUUUGUUAUAAGAAGACUCUUCGGCUCACCUCAGAGCAGCUGGCCAGCCUGCAGCUAAAGGAAGGUCCUAAUGAGGUUGUUUUCAGUGUGACCACGCAAUAUCAGGGCACCUGCCGUUGCCAUGGCACUAUCUAUCUCUGGAGCUGGGAUGACAAGAUAGUGAUCUCAGAUAUAGAUGGGACAAUCACCAGGUCCGACACACUGGGUCACAUCCUCCCAACGCUGGGUAAAGACUGGACACACCAGGGAAUUGCACGUCUCUACCACAAAGUCAGCCAAAAUGGAUAUAAAUUUAUGUACUGCUCGGCGAGGGCUAUUGGCAUGGCUGACAUGACGCGAGGCUACCUGCACUGGGUCAAUGAGAGGGGAACCAUGCUGCCAGUGGGCCCUGUGCUGCUCAGCCCUAGCAGCCUUUUCUCUGCCUUGCACAGGGAGGUGAUUGAGAAGAAACCUGAGAAGUUUAAGAUUCAGUGUCUAACAGACAUUAAGCACCUUUUCCACCCAAACACUGAACCUUUCUAUGCUGCCUUUGGAAACAGAGCAACGGAUGUAUAUUCCUAUAAGGAGGUGGGCGUUCCUCUGAACAGGAUUUUCACUGUCAACCCCAAGGGGGAGCUGAUACAGGAGCAUGCCAAAACCAACAUCUCCUCCUUCGGUGGUCUGUGCGAGGUGGUCGAUCAUGUUUUCCCCGUCCUGAAUCAGGAGGAAGGAGCUGACCUUAAUUGUGCUGACACCUUUGGUCAGUGCAACUACUGGAGUGAACAACUUCCUGUUGACAACAGCCCAGAAGAAGAGCCACAGCUUCUUGAUACAAGCUGAGGAAAGAACAUCAAAUCCAGCACAGAGGACACAGCUUUCCUCCAAUGUACUGUCAGGCAGGAUGCUGUUGCCAGGUAUUCAUUGGGACACAUGUUGUCCAGAUUAAGACUUAAAAUGCUGAUUAUUUUCAAUCUAAAUCAAGACUUCAGAUGGAAACAGCUCUCAAGCUUACUUAUUCUUUACCGUGGAUGUCUGUGAUAUACAACCCUACGACAAGUUACUGAGACUAAUAGUUUUAAGUAGAUGAAUGUGCAACAAUGUCUCACCUAAACAUCCUUCAAUAGUGAUAUCACAGGCAGCAGAUAUGUGGUCCAGUGCAAGUAGGACUGCUGGGAAAAAACAACAAUAUAAAAGAAGGUUAUUUUUUCUUUCACAGAAUUUCAGCAGCUGCUGAAACAGCUGGGACUCACAUAUAACUAAUUUCCAUAUGCACUGACUCACAAACAGACACACAACACAUAAACACAACUAAACUUGCAAAGCUGUUUCACAACAUUUCACCAGCUCAGUGUAAAGUCUCUCUUACCUUUUUAAGAACUCCUUCACCCGCAAUGUGUCAGUGGUGUAGAGUCGAGUAUACGCAGGUACCUAUUUCUAAAUCCCCGCUGAUACUUUCCAUUCAGUAUUACAGUGCAGUUUUUUUUCCUAGGGUGGCGAAAGCAUGACUCUGUCUCUAAUUGGCAAGUACUUUUCAUUGCUUUUGUACCUUAGUUGGGUAGCAAUCAGAGGUAGAAGGGCAAUUAUUAGGUGAACUAUAUGCAAGAGCAGCCUAUAAAAAAGGUUGUUUAUCGCCCAAAAAAAUGCUAGGCAUGAAUUGUAUAGUAUAACCACACCUGAAUGCACCACUACUGUGAAUAGAGAAUUGGCAUACAAAAAUGCCAUAGGGCAAUACACCAAUAUAAAUAAAUUUUUUUAGUUUUGAGUAUUGUUUCAGACAUGCCUUCUGUGAAAUAAUCUAAUCACUUAAAUUGAGAUUCAUUGGGGAAGUCUUACAAAACAUUAACCUUUACAACGUAAAUGAAAUAGGAAACAUUUUACCAAAACUCAGCUUGUUCGGGUUAGUUAUACACCUGGCUUUAUCAACUAAUGCUUGAAUAUAAAAAUGUAAAUUCAAUCUAAAAUCACACAGCAAAAAUUCAUAACUUGUCAAGUUCAUUUAUCUAACUUACAGACCAAAAUACCUUUUUUUAAGUUACAUUCAUCAGGAAUGCCCAGAUAGACAUCUUAUAUAACAAUCAAAAAUAAGGCCUGUAUUGCUUACAAAAAAGUGAAAAUAGCAGGAAAUCAUAAGUAAAAUCUAGGGCUGUAGUCUUACAGCAGUAAGGCUCCUGGCUCAAAUCCCUGUCAGACAGGGCCUCUCUGUGUGGAGUCCGCAGGGCAUGUUUAUUUUUAUUACACAUUUCAGCAACAAGGCAAUUCAAAGAGCUCAAAGUGCAUGUUCUCCUUGUGCAUGCACGGGUUUUCACUGGGUACUCUGGCUUCCUCCUGCAGACAUGAGAGACAUCAAAAGGGUGACAUUUAUUUACAAAGUUUUACAAAAAAUUUUUGAUGAGGAAAAAUGAUUUAGUGUCUUUGGCGGAAGACUCUAUUGUGAAACCCGAAUGUCAAAAAGGGGUAGAGAGGCCGUUGGAUCAAGAUAGGAUACCCCCCGAGUCUUGACACUGGUGGUGGUGAGAUGUGAUUUGUAGGAGAACGAGGCGGAAUCUUCUGAGGAGCCGAACUGACUUGAGGUUAAGACGAGGGAUGCUGACUAGAGAGAACUACGCUCUAGAUCUGAUGCCGCUGAAGUGGAGUGGAGGUAGCGAGAGCGGUGGCUGAGGGAUGCAGCGUUCAGCUGAGACGAUUGACUGCCAACAGAGUAGAACAAAUUUAUAACGUGACAGCGACGUGAUGAUUGGACACACGAGAUUUUGACCGAGUCUGAUUGGGAUGCCCAUCAGCUGAGCACCAGACCUUCAUUAUGACGUUAUCAUUAGGGUUAAUUGCAGACUCCAAAUUGCCCAUGAAUGUGAUUGCUUGUUUGUCUCUAUAUGUCAGCCCUAUGAUGACCGGUCACCAGACAGCAGCAACAUGAUAGGAUAACAGAGAGGGAUUGGAGCAGUUCUAUUGGAUAGAUGUCACCAGAUGAUGUGAACAGCUGACAUGACAGUGAGUGAGCACAGAGUAUGGAUUAGUGUAUGGGUUAUAAGAUGAGGAUAAACUAUUAAACUAGCAUGUGGAAUAUGACAGCACUUACACUGGAGCUUCAUUUAUUACAAGUUAAUCCGGCCUUGUUUUUGCUUUAUGUAUCUUGAAGUAAGAUUUUUAUCUGGAUAUGUCAGUUGAAUGUGGCUUUUGCCAUGACAGUAGAGACUUCUGGCUAAAUUUAACCAGACGCUGGUAUGUGACUGUUUGACUCUUUACUGACCUCAGAAACAGCACAACACUUCACAACACACACACACCAAAUCACAUCACAUUACAGUAAAAACAUGCAAAACCAGCACAGAAAGCUUAUCCAGUCAUCUUCUGUGCCAAAUGCAUGUAUUCUCCUGACCGUGCGACUGUGAAAAAUGUGACUCUGGCACAUUUUCUUACCAGGGUACAGUGACAAUAAUCAACAUAAAUGCAGCACAAUGCAAUUAACUUCAGUUUAAGUUCAGUCUGUUUUUAUAAAUAACUCAGUAUGUUGGAAUGUAGUGUAUAAAUACUCAGUGUAUGUUAUUCUAAUGACUAAUGCUCUUCAAUGCAAUUACUGUAUAGCCCUUAUAGGACAUACAGUUGUUUAUUUUCUGUUUUGUAAUGUUAUUAACACACAUAGAAAUAUACUUUUACAGCACUUACCUACUCUGUAGAGACUUCAAUAGAGUUUAUCAGAUGUUUAGAAGAAUCUCUACACAAACACAUCUAUUUUAUGGUUGGUUGUACAUAUUUUUUAUCACUUAUCAGAUGCUGAUGUUUUUAUUCAUCGAUCACUUAAAAUCUACUGUACUGCAUUUCUGUGAGAUAAACACCUGUUUGUUUUAACCACAUGUAUAACUUUAAAUGGUGAAACCACUGUAAAUAAUAAUUAACAUACAUUUUUUAACAGUAUGACGUCAUUUUUUUAAAUGCUCUUCUAAUUUUCAGAAAGCAAAAUAAGAUUUGAAACACAUUGUUACUGGUGCUCAUUCAAAUGCACUUGCAGCCAUAUUAUGCUUUACUGUAAAUGUCUUUUUAAACAAGCUGCCUCCUUUUGCACUCAAGGAGGCAGUUUUACAGUGUGACCACUAAAGUUAGAGGUUGAUUUGUGGUGUUUUCAAACUGCCAGAUGAUGGACUGAUUUUUAAGCUUUGCGUUUUGUUGAAUUAAUUUAAAACAGUAUGUUUGAUGACACUCAUACCUCUUGCAGCAAACUGAGGAGCACUACCUCCUCUGUUCAUGCAGAAGUGGAUCAUUGUAAGCAACACUAAAUGCAAACUGUUUCAAGAUAAAGAAAGGAAAAACAAACUAAAGAAAACCACCUGAUUUUAGUUAGAGGUUUAAUCAGAAACGCUCACUACUUUUAAGGAGUCUUUUGAUUGAUUGUGACCGAGUCUGCUCUAUUGUUAUAUACUCUUUGUGCAUAGAAUAGAUUUGUCUGAAUCUGUACUGUGAUUGAUGUUGCCUAAAGGAAAUAAGUAAUCAGGAAUUAACCUUGAUUUGUACGUAAAGAAUUUGAUGUUAACAUGCCUUCGGGGAGUUCAGUGAGAAAAAAAAGGAUGCAUGCUGUUAUAAUGUGAAGAUGCAAAUUUUUGUGGAUGUCAUGAUCACUGUCUUAUCACCAGAUCAGUGUGCAAAAGCACUUCCUUUAACAACAGAUAAAAGAGAUUAAACAAUUUAGCAUCCAUAUCAUGAAAAACACCACCCACCACACUUUAGGAGAUUCAUGCCACUUUAAGACUUUGUUUAUUGGUGUUUGUAAUAUUUCAUUGACCACAGUUAUAAUAAUUCAAGUUGAAAAGCACAUUUGAAUCAGUUUAAGGAAAAUGUCAAUUAUUUUAGUUUUCCUAACAUUAUCAAAAGUAUAAAAGUAUACUUACUGUAAGAUCUUCUGAGAUGGAAUAUGGAAUUCACAAGUAAGAUACUUUCUCCUUUUAAUGAUCAACAUGCUCAUCUGAUUUUUUUUUUCCUUUUUUGUGUGUAAACCAUCUUUUAGAUGUUUAGCACCUAAUUCUUUCUAUGAAAGAUUUAUUUAAAAUCUGGACCAGUUAUCCAGUCUGUCCAUGGGUUGACAUGGAUGUUGAUCCAGCUUUCCGUCCCAUGCAAAGCAGCAGCUUUCAGAACAGUGUGCAGUGCAAGCUAUUGUGAAAAACAUGGUUUGAAUAAAUCUGUACAAUGGGCACAUUUUUCAAUAAAAUCAAAGGUGAUUGCUACUUGA